AGGAAUGCGGUCCGUGGCGAAGGUGUGAAAGACGCCAAAGAACUGAAAAAAACCAAACCCAGGAAUGCGAAAUGAGAAAUGAUGGCUCCUCCUACUCUAGCUGACCUCAACUUUUGGAGAGAGAAAAUGGCUCUCAAUCAUUCACUAGAAAGAAAAAAAUUUGCCUUUUUCCAUCAUUCAUUCAUGGAAGAAUCUGGCAACAACGAAACCCCAAUUUGCAACUUAAUCCAAGACCAUCUCUUCUCAAUCCUCCUCCUUUUACCCAUAAAUUCAAUCCUUUCUUUUGCUCUUACUUGCAAGAAAUUCAAUUCUUUAGCUUCAUCUGACACUUUAUGGGAGUCUAUUUGUAGAAGAGAAUGGGGACCCACUUGUGUUGAUGCCCUUAAAUCUUCAUACUUUAAUGGUGGAAAUUAUAUGCCAUGGAUGAAGUUAUACCAUCAGGUAACUCAGUUGGGCUCUGUUUCAUGCCUUAAAUUGAUUGACCCACUUUCUCAUAAUAUGCUUCCUUGCCCUAGAGCUUCUCACUCUCUCAAUUUUGUCUCAAAUUGCUUGGUUUUAUUUGGUGGAGGAUGCGAAGGAGGGCGUCAUCUCGAUGAUACAUGGGUUGCGCUCCUUGGUUAUGAUUUCAAAACCAUAUUAAAAUGGCAAAAAGUGACAUCAGGGCUUCCUAGUGGACGUUUUGUGCAUACUUGUGUUGUAACGGGUGAUUUUCUCAUACUAUUUGGAGGAAUCAAUGAUCAUGGCAUCCGUCAAAAUGAUACCUGGAUUGGAAGAAUUGUGCACAGUGAGACAUUUGGUAUCACAUUGUUUUGGAGGCUACUUGAUGUGGGCUCAGUGGCACCACCACCACGCGGGGCCCAUGCUGGAUGCUCUAUGGAGAACAGAAGAAUGCUUAUUCAUGGAGGGAUUGGCCCAGAUGGUGUUAGAUUAGGAGACUUGUGGAUCUUGGAAAUAUCGGAGAACUUUUGUCAUGGAACUUGGUAUGAAAUUGUUACCCACCCAGCACCACCGCCGCGUUCUGGCCAUACUUUGACUUGUAUAGACGGUACAAGAACACUGCUUUUUGGUGGAAGGGGAUUGGGUUAUGAUGUCCUUGAUGAUGUCUGGGUUUUUGAUGCCACAGAGGGUCAUUCCCAGUGGGUACGGGUUCAAGUUGACUUAUCAAGCACUCCUUGGGGAAACAAUCUUCCAAGAGUUGGUCAUUCAGCUACCCUGAUUCUGGGAGGGAAAGUUCUUAUAUAUGGGGGUGAAAACUCCCAAAGGCAAAGAAAAAAUGACUUUUGGUUGUUUGAUGUGAACUCCAUAAAAAAGCACCCUUUUUCUACAAGGAUGUGGAGACGGCUAAAAUCAUGUGGCUAUAAACCCAAAGGUCGUUCCUUUCAUGCAGCAUGCUCAGACCAUUCAGGCCGUCUAGUGUAUACAUUUGGUGGAAUGGCGGAUGAAUCACUUCAACCAGCAGAAUCAUCUGGUCUUCAAUUUGACGCUGACGUCUUUGCUGUGGAACUUCUCCUUGAUCCUUAGCUAAUCUUUAACAAGUAAAAUUAGUCUCUCCUCACAUGGCAUGUUCUUUGGUGAGUUAUGUACAUAAAAAAAAUGCAAUAUGCGAUUAGAUGUAGCAAGCUAGUAGAGUAGACUUUGGUACAGGAUAACUCAUAAGUGGGUUUCCAGUUGUAGAGCGUAGUUUCUAUAGGUGUUUCAGUUUUGCUUGUAAAAUAGAUCAUAGAUGAGGUUUGUAUGAUUUUCACCUUGGACCUUUAAGUCACAAGGUGGGUAUUUUACCAUCUCCAAAUUCUUGGGGUGGGAUCCCUUUCGUCUUCCGUGCCACUCUAAGGGCUUGACCCGCUAUUUUAGACUAAGGAUUUUGUGAAGUUUCAAGUUCAGUUGGGUGACCUUAUCAAAGAAUAAGAUUGUGCUAUUCUUA